CAUAUUCAGCUCUAUCUUCAAAACAAUUAACCAAAAAGAAAGCACCUUAGUUCAGCCUUCUCCAGAAAAACAUUGAUUGAUUGAUAUAUCUUUGCAGAGUAUUACCAUUAAUCGCUUGUGAGGGCAAAGCAUCAAUAAUGGUGAAGUCUGAGCAGAAGAAGAUCCAAUCAGAGACAUCAAAGGAAAUGCAAUCAUCGUCAACAACAUUCAAGAAGAAGUACAAGGGAGUGAGGAUGAGGAGUUGGGGGUCAUGGGUGACAGAGAUUAGGGCUCCAAAUCAGAAAACAAGAAUAUGGUUAGGGUCAUAUUCUACUCCAGAAGCAGCUGCCAGAGCCUAUGAUGCUGCACUCCUAUGCCUCAAAGGUUCCUCUGCAAAUCUCAACUUCCCCAUUUCAUCUUAUUCGCAUUAUAUUCCCGAUACCAUUAUGUCUCCCAAGUCAAUACAAAGAGUAGCUGCAGCAGCGGCCAACAGUUUCACUGACAAUUGCAUCGCCACCACCACCACUACCACCACUACACCAAUAACUUCACCACCAGCUCCUUCUCCUUCUUCCUCAUCCUCCUCAGUAGUCUCAUCUCCAUCAUUGUCAUCCUCUUCUCCAUCUGAUCAUCAAGUGGACGAUGAUGUAAUUUCACUAAUGGAGUCUCUCGGGACCUACAACGAACCCCCCAUGAUGGAACCAUGGUACUGCAGCGCUGGCUUCGAAAGCCCGCUGUCUCCCAAAUAUGUAGAUCACAUGAUUUUUAACUAUCCCUCAUUAUUUGAUCCCCCUGCACCACUGAUGAUGAUGGAUGAUUUUUAUGAAGAAGGUGACAUUCGUCUGUGGAGUUUCUGCUAGCCAAAAACCAAAUUCAUAUUCAUAUUCCAAGAUCAAGAGUAUACAAAUGGUCAAUUUGUCCAUUCAUAUUUGUUUUUUUGGAUCUUCAUUACUGACAAUAAUUAGAUUGAUAAUAUUUCAGCUUGUUUAGUUGUAGGAGGUUGUAGGAGAGGGGAAAAAAAAUACCCACAUGAAGAUGAAACAAUUUUUUGCCUUAUCUCAAGUAGGGUUCUAUAGAUUGAGUUAUAUUUAUAUGUACUCAUUAUGCAAAAAAAAAAAAAAGUGUAUUUGAUUUAAACUAUAUGCUGUAUUGUUAAUUCUUCUUGGAAAUACUAUUAUAUAAUUUGGACUUAAAAGGUUCCACACUUCCUUUAAAAAAAAAUUUUUUUUUUC